CCAGCCCCAGGGGUAGAAGAGGGUUCCUGGUAGAAGACUAGUGCCUGUCCUGGUAUGGAGAGCACACACACAGCAUGACCUUGGGUGGCAGCUGUUGUCAGCAAUGAAGUCUGGUUGGGGGAGGCCCAGGUGCCUGGAAACAAAAUGCAUGUGUGUGUUGCCUGUCACUAGGGGAGGCCAGGAGACCUCCAAGGGUACUUCAGCCUCAGCUUAGGCUGGCCAAGGAUCCGACUGAUGAGAUGUGUUCCCAUCAAGCAAGGCAUUAGAUGGUGACAUGUUUAGCGUGGGAUGAGAUGUCGAAUUGGCACUAAAGGGCUGGCCGAAAUGGGAGCCUGGCUGCAUCCUCGGAGGUUGGUGCUAGCAAGGAGGAGAAGCCACGGCAGGGCUGAUUCAAAGCAGCUGUGGAGUGUGUGAAUGGCUCCUGGACCCCGACCUGCCUUAUCCAUCAUGAUCCAGAGGCUGUGGGCCAGCCGUGUGCUACGGCAUCGGAAAGCUCAGCUCCUGCUGGUCAACCUGCUCACCUUUGGCCUGGAGGUGUGCCUGGCUGCUGGAAUUACCUAUGUGCCACCCCUUCUGCUGGAAGUGGGGGUAGAGGAGAAGUUCAUGACCAUGGUGUUGGGCAUUGGCCCAGUGCUGGGCCUGGUUUCUGUUCCACUGCUAGGCUCAGCCAGUGACCAAUGGCGUGGGCGCUAUGGCCGCCGGAGACCCUUUAUCUGGGCUCUGUCCCUGGGUGUCCUGCUAAGCCUCUUUCUCAUCCCGAGGGCUGGCUGGCUGGCAGGGCUGCUGUACCCAGAUACCAGGCCCCUGGAGUUGGCCCUGCUGAUCUUUGGAGUGGGGCUGCUGGACUUUUGUGGCCAGGUGUGCUUCACUCCACUGGAAGCCUUACUCUCCGACCUCUUCCGGGACCCAGACCACUGCCGCCAAGCCUUCUCUGUCUAUGCCUUCAUGAUCAGCCUUGGGGGCUGCCUGGGCUACCUCUUACCUGCCAUUGACUGGGACACCAGCGCCCUAGCCCCCUACCUGGGCACUCAGGAAGAAUGCCUCUUUGGCCUCCUUACCCUCAUUUUUCUUAUCUGCAUGGCAGCCACUCUGUUUGUGGCCGAGGAGGCAGUACUGGGCCCGCCCGAGCCAGCAGAAGGGUUGUUGGUCCCCUCGGUGUCACGCCGAUGCUGCCCGUGCCACAUUGGCCUGGCUUUCCGGAAUCUGGGUACCCUGUUUCCCAGGCUGCACCAGCUGUGCUGCCGCAUGCCUCGCACCCUGCGCCGGCUUUUUGUGGCUGAGCUGUGCAGCUGGAUGGCACUUAUGACUUUCACACUGUUCUACACGGACUUCGUGGGAGAGGGACUGUACCAGGGUGUACCCAGAGCGGAGCCAGGCACCGAGGCCCGGAGACACUAUGAUGAAGGCAUUCGAAUGGGCAGCCUGGGGCUCUUCCUGCAGUGUGCCAUCUCCCUGUUCUUCUCCCUGGUCAUGGACAGGCUGGUGCAGAAGUUCGGCACCCGGUCAGUCUAUCUGGCCAGUGUGAUGACCUUUCCUGUGGCUGCCGCUGCCACAUGCCUGUCCCACAGCGUGGUCGUAGUGACAGUCUCAGCUGCCCUCACCGGGUUCACCUUCUCAGCCUUGCAGAUCCUGCCUUACACGCUCGCCUCCCUCUACCAUCAUGAGAAGCAGGUGUUCCUGCCCAAAUACCGUGGGGACGCUGGAGGUGGCAGCAGUGAGGACAGCCAGACAGCCAGCUUCUUGCCAGGCCCUAAGCCAGGAGCUCCCUUCCCCAAUGGGCACGUGGGCCCUGGCAGCAGCAGCAUCCUGGGGCCUCCACCUGCACUCUGUGGGGCCUCUGCCUGCGAUGUCUCCAUGCGAGUGGUGGUGGGUGAGCCACCUGAGGCCAGGGUUGUUACUGGACGGGGCAUUUGCCUGGACCUUGCCAUCCUGGACAGUGCCUUUCUGCUGUCUCAAGUGGCUCCAUCCCUCUUCAUGGGCUCCAUUGUCCAGCUGAGUCACUCUGUCACUGCUUAUAUGGUAUCAGCUGCAGGCUUGGGUCUGGUCGCCAUCUACUUUGCUACACAGGUAGUGUUUGACAAGAACGACUUGGCCAAAUACUCAGUGUAGAAUUCUGUAAGGUAUCAAAGAGAGGGUCGGCUUCACUGGUUCUCAGCCCUGGAGGGCUGCAGAGUCAGCCUCUCCAGGUCUUUGUCACCUAAGUAGCUCUCUGCUGCCAUCCUAAGGCAGCGAGAUGUAUAGUUGCACAGAUAGGAGCCGGAGCCUGGCUGGCCUACUGGCAGCUUCCCACAGGGAUGUUGGUCUGAAGUUCUGCAGGCAUGCAAAUGCGGUCUGUACAGGUGCUUUAUUAAGGCUCCAGGUUAACAGCUAACCUCCUGCUUGAGUCACCAGAGGAAGGAUUUUAGGGGACCUGAAUGAACUUCCCUCCAAGUCCCUUGUCCAGAUUCUGCCGCUGUUGCUCUUGCAUGGGGGUUUCUUGUAAGAAGCUCUCCUCCACAGGGUUUGGCAGGGUGCAAGCUGGAAGGAGGAGCCCUAGCAGGCAAGAUGAAACCCCGUGAUACACAGCACUGCCUUUCUGCUGAGUCCCCCACCCCCCUUGUUUCAGGAAAUGGCUCAGCUUGUUAGCCCUUCUGUGGCCGUCAGGAGACACAGGCCUUUAAAUAUUUAAUUUAUUUAUUUAACAAAUGAGAAGAAAAUUCAUUCCCAGCCUCUUUUUUAUGUUGUGCCUAGGAGAUGAGUAGGGUGGGACCCCCCCAAAAACUGGUUCCCCUAAAACAGCUGGUCACUGUGCUAGAUAUUGCCAGACCCCUCUUCUAGGGUGAUAGAUAUGGUCCCCCAAACUGCCCAGCCCAGUACCUUGGGCAAUCUAUUCAUCCUAAUUGAGAGCCAUAAGAUGUCCCUACUCAAGGCUGGGCGUUGAGGGCAAAUGGAAUGGGGCCCAAGGUCCCUACAGCACACCAAAUCCCAGUUUUCUCUGGACCCAGUUUGGCUCCCUGAUUGUUCACUGCUCCCUAUGGGAAUGGACCAUGACGAGAUUACCCUUCCAAGUCUAUCCAGUGGCUCCAUGACCUCCCUAUGGGGCUUUUUGGACCCUAAGCACAAAUGCGGUUCCUUGAGCCUCUGCCCAUCUCAGCCUCUGGGGCAUAUCUGUCACAGCCUGGGGGAUCUCACACAAACUCAGGAGUACUCCCCGCCAGAGCCAGUGAGCUCAUCAUGUCUAGGGGGAUUUCAGUGCUGAUUGCAAUAAUGUUAUCUAUGUCUUAUUUAUUUAGCAGAGUAAAUAUUUUAUACUGUAUGUGAUAAAUCAGAGUAUAAUGUUUAUGGUGAUGAAAUUAAAAGCUUCGUAUAUGUUUACUUGA